AUGGAUGGGACAUCUCAGAUUCCAGUUGGAGAUACUCUUAUUUGGCGAGCCUAUGGUCAAUUCGUCAAAAGGCUGUUGCUCGGUCCCAACACCCCUAAAGAGGGUUUGGACUAUGUUUAUGUGUGUCCUCCCACCGAGCAUGGGCUCCGUGGGGGACGACCCAUUCCAGAUGCAGUGACCAACUCAAACGUCUUCUCCGUUGCCGAUUCCUUACAGAGGGCUGAUUCUCCUCUGUUUACGAUUCACACGGACCUAAGUUACUUCGAGUCCCUUGAUAAUUAUCUCAAGGCCGUGACAGUCAAGACUAUCACCCAGGAACAAAAGGCUGAGAUCAAACAAGCAAUCAAAGAGCAAAUUGACGCCGAGGAACAGAGGAAUAUCGCAAAAGCCGCUGCUCUAGCAGCAUGGAAGCAUGAUCUCGACGCUCAGGCUAAUCAUAGAGCUUUUCACGACUGGGCCAUUGACAAUGCUGAUUCUUACCUGGAGUUGGAGGAGCAGGUUACCCUGACUUCAGGCCAAGUGGAUCUACUCCAGAGCAAGUACUAUGGAGCGAUGGCGGGGACGCUCCGGGAGAAAAGGGAGAGGCUGGAAAAAUUGGCUGCGGAUGCGAAGUACAGUAACCCAGGAUAUAACAUGCCAUGCUUCAUUCGCGACUACGCCGUUGACGAGGCGGCCCUCGAUGCAGAUCACAGAGUGGAAGAUAUCGAUGGGCGGGAUCUUGUUUAUCAGCCCCUUUACACCAUUGACGGAUAUGAAUCAUCCUGCGACUCUUGGAUUAAGGGGGCUGCUGGAGACGGUACAAUUGUCACACUGGACCUUACCUCGUCCAGAUAUGAUGACUGGAAAGAACUUGGCCAUUCUCAAAGCAUCUCUAGGAAGGCAAAUAAGUUCUUUUUCUUUUUCAGCAAAUCAAGCAGUACGAGCACGACUGAAACCCACCUUAACUUCAACGGGAGCGAAUGGAAACAGCAGACAAAGAUCACGUUGUAUAUGACUGGGCCUGCACGGGUUUUCAACAUCACACCUGGCUUAUGGGAUGAUAGUGGUGUACGGAGGACGUUUCCUAAUCUGCUUGAGGGGGAACAUGACUCUGCACUUGGUCUGGUCCGCGUCUCGAAGAUUCUCGUCGGUUACGAAGUGUCGCUAAAGAUCCGUUUCGCUGAAUCUCUGAAGACUCAAGUAAGAAACAUGGUGAGCCAGGCUAAAUGGGAAUCCAAUGGCGGACUUCGGAUUUUCGGAUUUCAAUUUGGCCCUGACCAAGCUUCUGGUACCUCUUUUACGAGAGAUGUGAACUCCGUCAAAUACAACGAAACUAGCAACGGGCUUUCACUCCCUGCAAGCCCUCCAGGCUGCCCGGUGAUUCUAGGAAUUCUCGGUCGGAAAAUCGGGGUUGAACUGCAGUGA